GUGCCAUUAGUAUAUAUAAACAUCAUUAUAGCAUUCGCGAUCGCCCUUGCAGGGUUACUUAUAUAUCGAUCUCACUUAAUAUCUUCACUACUAUGCCUAGAAGGAAUGAUACUAUCACUAUUCAUCAUAUCGACUCUAAUUAUCCUAAACACACACUUCACCCUAGCUAACAUAAUACCCAUUAUUUUACUAGUGUUUGCAGCCUGCGAAGCUGCACUAGGCCUGUCACUACUAGUAAUAGUAUCCAACACAUACGGUACCGAUUACGUCCAAAACUUAAACCUUUUACAAUGCUAA